UCGCAGUACAUUAAUAAUUAUGGGCGGAACUGAGUACUCGCUCGCACCCCCUGACGGGGGAUGGGGAUUCGUAAUUGUUAUGGCCAUAGCGGUUACCAACUUCUGUACGUUCAUGCCUCUGGUUACCUUUGGCAUCAUCUUUGGGGGUUUCAUGAGGAGUCUCGGGGACGAAGCCGGAGGUACGGGAUUUACGGUUGGGCUUUACUUUUUCGCACAAUGGAGUACAGGGUUGUUAGCGAACGUUCUGCUGCAGAAGAUGUCGUAUCGUAAAGUUGGUGUGAUGGGCGCGGUUCUGAAUUUCAUCGGAAUGCUAGGUGGCAGUUUCGCUACUAAUUUAUACCAGUUUGUUCUGUCGUUCUCUGUAAUUCAAGGGAUCGGAUACGGAUUAAUGCUACCCGCGAUGUUAACCGCAUUUAAUCUUUAUUUUGACAAGAGGAAGGCGAUGGCUUACAAUUUUGCGACUAUAAUUUUAAUACUCUCCUGUGUGCCAUUGCCGGCGUUUGGUUCGUUUCUUCUGGAGAAUUUCGGUUUUCGUGGGGCCAAUCUCAUCGAAUCUGCGAUCGCUUUAAAUUGCCUGCCGGUAAUGAUGUGCUUGCAUCCGGUCGAAUGGUACGCAAAGAAACGAAAGGUGUCUUUGAACCAGAUCAACGCACAGGAGUUAACGGAAUUAGGCAAGCUAAUUGAAAAAAAGGGAGAAGCUAUUGCGAGUGGAUUGCACGAAGAUGGGAACUUGCUGAAUUCGUCCCCAGAGACUGAGGGCCAAAAUGUGGGAACCAAGUCUAUAUGUCCACAUAUUUGGAACUCACUGGUGAGAUCGCUCGAUCUGGGACUCUUCACGGAUCCGAUCUACGUCAACGUCAUCAUUGGGAUGUCUCUGUGCAUUUCAGCAGAUUUUAGCUUCCUCUCGUCGCUUCCCCUGCUACUGACAAGCUUUCGCGUAAAUUCCGACGACGCAACAUUGAUUUUGACAAUCUUUUACGUCGCCGACAUCUUUGGAAGGGUGGGCCUGUUCACUUUGUCGGCGUGCGCCGAGGUGAGGAACCGCAAUUUGCUGCUCGUCGGAGCAAUUUUGGCCUCAUGCUUCCGUACAGCUUUCGUGAUGGACCAAUCGUUUUGGUCGCUGCUCCGUCGAUCAGCGCGGCGUUUAUGGGUAGUCGCUGCGCUGUCUUUAUCUUUGCAGAAGCGUACAAACUUACUGAGGAGGAACGGAAUAAUGCUCGAUGGAAAAUUUGUCCACUUCAAGGAAUUACAUCUGGAGGAUCAGGAGACCGCUGGGAAUGAUGAAUCUGCCGAAGAGGCUUGCAGAGAUCACACAGCUAUUCAGAAUCCGCAUCUGCAGGAGGCAGCAAAUCUCAAAACUAAUAUGGAAGAGCAAGUGCAGUGGACAUUGUGGCCGAUAAUGUGGCAGGAUUAA